AUGGGAAUCUGUGGCACUUCUGGCAAUUGGCCCAAUGAGACUGGUGCUCGUGAGGAGAUUGCCGCGCAUGAGUCGCAGACUUCGAGGCCUCUGGGCAUCGGCCACCGAGUGGUCUACACUGACAUGAUGGGGAUUUCCUCCUUGGGCACCGUGAGCGAAUUACGGCCAGAUGGCAGAAUCACCAUACGCUUUGAUUCAAGUCGUUGGGGAAGUGCAGACGUGACAAGCGUCAGCGUCCUGGCAAACAGCCUGCAUGUCCUCCCUUUGACUGCGCACCGUCCCACCUCUUAUCUUACCAGGGUUGGUCUUGAGACCUUGGAUGAAAGGAGAACGCUGCAGUGGGUCGACAUCGGGAGGCGUUCUCUCUCCCGCCUUGAAGCCAUGCCUCUGGAAAAUUCUCGGUGGUGCAAGGCCUACCGACGAGUUUGGAGCCCAUCAAAGGAACGCUACCUCUUCCACCCAUGCAGUGAGCCCUUGCGCAAGGGACUCCCAGUCUUGCCCGAGGGAGCCCUCACGAUGCCACCCGAAGGUGGGCCUGAGGAUGAUCUCCAAAAAGUGCCGCAGGAGUUCAGCCAAUUCGGCUCCUUUCUGACUAGCUGGACAGGUGAGUUUGCCCGGCUCGUUUUUGAGCAUUGUCACCGACGAUACUCUGAGAGCAUCCCCUGUGGCCUGCUGCUGCACAUGGCCCGGCAAAGUCGCGAGCUCUUUCUUGCUGAAAAGACCGUGCACCGGAUUUGCACGCCCCAGGAUGGGAAGUUGGUGAUCUUCGGGGAUACCCACGGUCAUCUUAAAGACUUGGUUCAUGUCUGGCUUCGGGAGGGCCUACCGGAUGACAGAACGCACUACCUCUUUAACGGUGACAUUUGCGACCGAGGGGAUGCUGCAGACCGCGGGGGCAUGGAGGCUGUUCAGAUCUGGGCCUGCGUCCUGAGUCACAAGUUAGCAUUCCCAGAGGCUGUCCAUAUGAACCGCGGCAAUCACGAGGAUCACCACUACUCCCUGCACUACGGCGCGAAAGGUUUUUAUGGCGAGCUGGAUCAUCGGUAUGCCGCAGACGAAGCCAAAGCCCUGAAGCUGGCUUUCAAGGAUCUCUGCGACUCCCUGCCGCUGAUGACCGUGGUGGACGAAGCCAUCGUCGUGGUGCACGGUGGGCUUCCACGCUUCAGGCAGGGCUCUCCGAAUGCUGCUAGCCUCCAGGAGAUCGAGAAGAUUCAACGCCCCCUGCAGGUUCAGACGCACACGGAGAAUCGUCAGGACCAGAUCGUCACGGAUCUGCUGUGGUCUGAUCCCCAGGAAGAGAAGGGCAUUGGACCAAGCAGCCGUGGGAAGAGUCUUGUGAACUACGGCCCGGACGUGGCCGCGGAGUUCUUAGUGGCGCACAAGCUGAGCCUUCUGGUGCGAUCCCAUGAGGUUGCCAGUGGCUGCGAGUGGUGGCACCCUUUCAAGUCUGCCGCAGGCUCGGACACGGUGGUGCCUCUGUCCUCCCAGCAGCAGGGCUGCACAGUCACCAUUUUCUCUGCCAGCGACUAUUGUGGACACUAUGACACAAAUCUGGGUGGCACCAUCGUUCUGAAGGGCUCUGCGCAGAGCUUCCACAUAGUCAGCCACAAAGCCUCGGAUGCUGCAGCGACUCUCAAGUCGCCGGAAACAACGGAGAAGGUCAAUGGCUCGGUCGGAGAGAUUCUCAGCGUCAUUGUUCAAAACAAGGGGCAGCUGCUCGCAGAGUUUCGAGCUGCCGAUGUGCACCCACAGCCUUCGGCCGGCUCAGGCUGCUUGCUCUCCACAGAAGAGUUCGCCGCGUGCUGCAGCCGUGUUGUGCCAGAGUUGCCAUGGCAGGAAAUCUGCUCAGACUAUGCUCCGCAGCUGCUGCUCCAUGGCGGCUCCAUCUGCUACCUGCGGCUUCUUUCCAAGUACCGAUUAGCCUUCCGGAGCAAGGAAACCGAGGCCAGCAUGCGGAUUGCAAUGGCAAACCACUUGUUCGGGUCCUUGCUGCGGGCCGAAGGCUGUAUACGACAGUUGCAGGAGAGGAUGGAAGACUUGACAUCUGAGGAAUUCCUAAUGUUCCUCGCAGACAGUGGUUGCUGUAUUCCACCCAAGCAGGUGCAAAUGUUGUACAGAUCCCUGGCCCUGACCAGCAGCAAGAGCAUGUUUGAGAAUUUCGUGGGUGCGCUGUCAGUCACCUUCCGGCAGAACAAGGCAUCGGAGGCAUCAAGGACUCUGGAUGCCCUGUGCCGGGACCUUCUAAGAGCCGAUCCAGAGAAGCCCCUAAGCUCCCUGCUCUUGGAGUUCUUUGAGAAAGGGGACGUGGACCGAUCUGGUUUUGUCAAGGCUGAAGAGGUGACAUCCCUGCUGCGAGUCCAGCCAAGCCUUCAAGUGGCACCCGACAAGGAGCUGCAAAGUCUGAUCGAGUACAUGGACGUGAGUGGCACUGGCAACAUCAGUUAUGCCGCGCUUGUGAAAGGUCUCUACAUUGUGUGCCGCCCCGCGGUGAGAGCUGGGCAAUUGUCGCCAGAGACUCUGCUGGAUGACUGGCUCGAAGCCACGUGCAGCAUUUUGGUUUUCCAGUACGGCAUGGGGACUCUGUCAGGCUUAUUUCAGCAGGCACUGGCACCGGGAGAAACUCGCUGCAGUCCCAAAGUCUUUAAGCACAUCCUGCAAGCUUUGCCCGAGAUCCCGUAUGGCCCUGCUCUCAGCCACCAGCAGAUGGAAAGCCUUGUGGUCAGCUUGCCGUUGGAUGAGGACGGCCUCUUUGACUACCAGGAAUACCUGGCGAGCUUUGAAAUCGUAGAUGUUGAGCGAACCUAUUGA